GUUUUGUUUCGGGAUAUGCAGAUACUCGGUAAAUCUGUUACUCGUUUUCCUAUCCUCUAUUCCAGCAAGUGUUCCACUAUUCAAAGACAAUGCUCAUGGAAGAUGGAGGAUUGGACACCACGUCUGAAGAAUACCGAAAACUUUCAAAAGCCGAACGAAGGAAGAGGAGACGUGCAACUCCAAAAUAUCGAAAUCUUCAUGCGACCCGAGAAAGAAUUCGUGUAGAAUCAUUCAAUAUGGCAUUUUCCCAACUGCGAGCUCUCCUGCCAACUCUUCCCGUUGAAAAGAAACUUUCAAAAAUUGAAAUUCUACGAUUCUCAAUUGCUUACAUAAGUUUUCUAGACAACUUGCUUCAAUAAAUAUAUUGGCAUUAAA